AUGGAGAACAAUACAGAAGUGACUGAGUUCAUCCUGCUAGGACUAACCGAUGCCCCAGAACUACAGGUCCCAUUGUUUAUAUUGUUCACUCUCAUUUACCUCGUCAAUGUAGUUGGAAACCUAGGGAUAAUCCUGUUGAUUCUCUUGGACUCUCAUCUCCACACUCCCAUGUACUUUUUCCUUAGUAACCUGUCUCUGGGGGACUUUUGUUACUCUACAGCUGUCACUCCCAAGGUCAUGGCUGGAUUCCUUAUAGGAGACAAUGUCGUCUCCUACAAUGCAUGUGCUGCUCAGAUGUUCUUUUUUGUAGCUUUUUCCACUAUGGAAAAUUUACUCUUGGCAUCAAUGGCCUAUAACCACUACACAGCAGUGUGUAAACCCCUACAUUAUACCACCAUAAUGACGACAAGAGUGUGUGCACGUCUUGCCAUAGGCUUCUAUUUCUGUGGUUUCCUGAAUGCCUCCAUCCACAUUAGGGACACAUUCAGUCUCUCUUUCUGUAUGUCCAAUCUUAUACAUCAUUUUUUCUGUGAUGUUCCAGCAGUCAUGGCUCUGUCUUGCUCUGAUAGACAUAUUAGUGAGCUGAUUCUUGUUGCUGUGGCAAGCUUCAAUAUCCUUUUUGCUCUCCUGGUUAUUUUGAUUUCCUACUUGUUCAUAUUUGUCACAAUCCUGAAGAUGCACUCAGCUGAGGGCUAUAAGAAGGUUUUAUCCACCUGUUUUUCUCACCUCACUGCAGUCUCCAUCUUCUAUGGGACAGUCAUCUUCAUGUACUCCCAGCCCAGCUCCAGUCAUUCAAUGGACACAGACAAAAUCGCAUCUGUGUUCUAUACUAUGCUCAUCCCCAUGUUGAACCUUGUGGUCUAUAGCUUGAGGAACAAGGAGGUGAAGGAUGCAUUCAAGAAGGUUGUUGAGAAGGAAAAAUAUUCUGUAGGUUUAGUCUUUUAA